AAAAGGAAAAAAAAAAAAGGAGAAAGAGUCCUGUGGAGGAACACACAGGAGAGAGGCAGAGGGAGAAGGCGAGAGAAGUGUGACUGGACUCAACGUAAAAAAAAAAAAGAAAAAAGAAAAGCAGUGAUGAUAAUGACGCGGCUGCUGCGCGGAUAGAGGAGAGGCGCAAAGGGAGCCCCCACCACAGGAUCCGUGCGCCUUCUCCGGUUUCGGAAAGGAGAGAACCAGAGAAGAGAUUCAGCGACAGCGAAGGACGCGCGCAUACGCAGCACCCGAGACGACGCGCGAUGGAGGACCUGUGCGAGAUGGACUGCACGGUGCUGAAGCGGCUCCUGAAGGACGACAGCGCCAAGUGCCUGGUGCUGGACUGCCGCUCCUUCCUCGCCUUCAGCGCGGGCCACAUCCGGGGCGCUGUGAACGCCCGCUGCAACACUAUCGUCCGCCGCCGGGCCAAGGGCUCCGCGCUCAGCCUGGACCAGAUACUGGCCGGGGACGAAGACGUCCGGGGCCGACUCCGCUGUGGGAUGUACUCCGCCGCCGUGCUGUACGACGAGAGGACGCAGGACUCAGAGGCGGUAAAGGAGGACAGCAUCCUGACUCUGGUCCUCAACGCGCUUUGCAGGGACUCCUCCGGGACACACAUAUACCUGCUCAAAGGGGGAUACGACAGAUUUUUCACAGAGUAUCCGGAGUUUUGUUUAAAAACCAAAUCCUUACCGCCCCUCACCAGCCAGUCUAGCGUGGAGUCUUCCUGCUCGUCGUGCGGAACGCCACACAAUGACCAGGGCGGACCGGUGGAGAUCCUCCCGUUCCUUUACCUCGGCAGCGCCCUGCACGCCUCAAAGAAGGAGGUUCUGGACGCCAUAGGAAUCUCUGCCUUGCUGAACGUGUCGGCCGACUGUCCCAACCACUUUGAGGGGGCCUACCAGUACAAAUGUAUCCCCGUGGAGGACAACCAUAAGGAAGACAUCAGCUGCUGGUUCCUGGAGGCCAUCGAGUUCAUAGAUUCAGUACGGGACUCCAGCGGCCGAGUGCUGGUCCACUGUCAAGCCGGCAUCUCCCGCUCCGCGACCAUCUGCCUGGCCUACCUAAUGAAGAGGAAGCGGGUACGCUUGGACGAGGCGUUCGAGUUCGUGCGCCGGCGUCGAAGCAUAAUCUCCCCCAACUUCAGCUUCAUGGGCCAGCUGCUGCAGUUCGAGUCGCAGCUCCUCGCAACCUCGUGUGCUGCCGAGGCGGCCGCCACGGCGAGCCCGCUGCUCGGACCCAAGUCGACGGCGGCCACCACCUCGGCGACGGCCACGCCCUCCUCCCCGUUCAUUUUCAACUUCCCGGUGUCCGUGGUGAACCCCGCCUACCUGCACCACAGCCCCAUCACGACCUCCCCCGGCUGCUGAUGGACAGCGUCCAGCCUCCCCUCCUCCCCCACCCCCCACCUCCCCUCCCCUCCCCCCGUCCCCACGUUACGUGAGCACAGACUGGGCUGUCAUAUUACUGACCCUUACAGUAUGUACAUGCUUCCAGGGCGGGGAGGUGAGAAGCGACACGGUGCCUGAUUCAGAACUCAAAGACUGAAAAGACUUUUUAAAGUUCGCAAACCAGCCAACGCUCCUUCCAUUUUACAGUUUAGUGAAAUUGACCAAAAAUGAACUGGUUUUCCAAACUUUUUUUUUUUUUUUUCCUGUUAUCCAGUUCCGAUGGAGUGUUGGACUGACGUUUACCCUCUUCCUUGAAAAACAAACAACGUGCACAGAGACACACUUAACACAGAGAGGCAUGAGCAGCAGCACACUCUCUCUUUCUCCCGCACACACACACACACACACACACACACACACACACACAUUCAUGACUACCAACUGAAUAAGCUCAGUAUGAAGACAGGGGCUGUUGCUAUGGAGACGCCAGGUCUUUAGGAGAGGAGAUGGACACAGGAAGGAAGGAGGAAUUUUAAGCACCCGCUCUUUCCCCUUCGGGCGUCCCUCCUGUUGCCAGACAAAAGAGAUGGAUGGAAAAAAGAGGGGAGGAGACGGUGAUAGAAAGCAGGAGCCUCUUCAGUGACAGGUGCUCUGCCGUCGACUCCACCGGAGCUUCCUGUCUUUCAUACGUCCUCUUCCUCCCUCUGCCCCCCUCUACUCCCCCCCAUCUCCUUUUCAUCCUUUUAUAUUCCUUCCCUCAUCCUCUCAUCUCUGCCUCUCAUCUUCACUCCGCCGCCCCCCCACACUCCCCCCUCUCUCUGUCUUUCUCCUCUGCUCCUCAGCUCUUCACUGAAGAGGCUAAAUAAAUAAAACAAGAUGCCAAAUAAAGGCCCGGGUAAAUGAACUGGGAUACCCCCUCUGUACGCCCCUGAUACACUCUUUAGGAAACCCCUUUUGCUACAUCACAAAAAAAAAAAAAAAAAAUUGGGACAAGAGGAUAGUUGUAAACAAAAAAGCAUAUUUGCGUGUUUUCCUGGAUUCUCCUUUUAGAUCAAGGGGCAGGUUUAAGAGCCCAGAAAGACAUCAGCUUAAAGGACCGUGCUGGUUGUUAUGUAUUUUUCAUUCCAUUAUAAAUACACUUUACGUAGUGAUAGAUAGUUUGCUAGCGUCAUAGGCCUUGGUUUCAGUUCUUUAUAGUGAGUUUAUUUGUAGAGUUCUCAGAGGUGACGACUAAAAAUAAACACUGGCUCAUAUAAGGCGUUAAGUUAAUGGACUAAAAUGUGCAUCAUCCGCGACUGGUCCUUUAAGAAGUCUCUACCUUGUUCCUAAAAGGUAUAUUCAUGGAUUUAAGCAUCCCUGGAUAUUUGCCAGCGGUGUUGUUAUUGUCUUUUUUUUAAAAAUUUCGUAGCUGCUGUAGAGAGCAGGUCGCUGAAUGUUGGUUUGACUUCUAAAAAAAAACUAAAAAAAAACUGAAAAAAAAAGAAAGUCUCAGCAUUUUACCAGCUGCAGUACAGACUCUUAUUCCACAGUGUCAAAAGAGCAAAAGCUUCUCUGUUCGUCUUUUCUCCAACACGCUCACUGAUGGACAAAAAUUAUAUGUAUUUAAAGGAGACAGUUUCCAAAAUACUUUUAAAACAUUUAGAUAUUAAUUUAAAAUGUUUUAAAUUGGGCUAAUUUUAGGAUCCGACACUCUGAAGUGACCUAAACUUUUUGGAGGAGUCACACUCAAUAUCAUCACAGAUUCUCUUCAUUCCUUGCGCCAUAUUUCUAAGAAGAAGACAUCAAAAAACACAACAAUCAUGAACUCACGUUACGUUGAAGUCCAUUCAAAAAAUCAUGACAUAAAGAUUUUAAGCUUCAAGACCCCGAUCCAGGAACAGGAAACAUCUUGACCUUCUCUGAUCGGAGGUUUGCACUCUGAAGCCGUGCAAUACAAAUAAUACAAUCAAGGAUACCACUAAGCAGUGACUUAUUAGGACAUUUCACCAAAACAUCACUUAAAACCUUUUUACAAAAUUGAGACAAUGUUUGCUUCUGACCAGGCUAAGCUCUACACUGUGCUGAACAUAAAAAAGAGGAAUAAAUAAAUAAUAAUAAUGAUCCAACCUUUUAUACCCGAAUCCUGAUGUACAUUAGAUACAUGAACACACACACACACACACAGACAUGCACACAUGCGCGAUGUUUCAAAGAACCUGUUUCUGUUUCUGACGAUUGUCGCCACCUAUCUCUGUAGCACUUUGAAGUGAUGCAAUACUGUAUUUGUAAUUUAUGAUUGAUUUGCACAUCAUGGUGAUGCUAGGCUGACUAGAGUUUGUCCAUGUCCAGAGAGAGAGAGAGAAAGACAGAGAGAGAAGAGCGGUGGAAAAUGCAAUAUUUUGUACACUUGUGUGUCCUAAACCUGUCUGUCUAUCUGCCUCUCUGUGUUAGUCCAUCUGUCUCUGUCUGGUUAAUGCUGUACACCAUUAUGGCAAUAUCAACCCUCCACUUUGAAAUAUAUAAUAUAAAACAAAAACAAUGUCCCUCAAUUUUAUUGUGGAAUGAAUGAUCUGUGCAUUUAUUUAUUACUGAGGAUCCACUGUUGAAUAAACAAUGUUCUUAAUGAA